GCUUAUUGUUCUUUCUGUAGCCAACACAUAAAAACGAAAAAAUAAAGAAAAUUUUUGAACCAAUACUUACUCCAAAAACAAAAUCGAUCGCUUCUUUUUCUCUUUCUUUAGUUUCAUCAGAUGCUUAUGGCGGCUCACCGUCAUUUCGAACCGAUAACGAAAUGCAGCACCGCGGGACGAUCGAACCAAACGGUGGCUGCAGACCUAGACGGUACGCUUCUCGUGUCGAGAAGUUCUUUCCCUUACUACAUGCUCGUUGCUGUUGAAGCUGGGAGCAUAUUUAGAGGACUAAUGCUUCUGGCUUCGGUUCCGUUCGUAUAUUUCACCUACUUGUUCGUAUCCGAAUCCAUUGCUAUCAAAACCUUUAUCUUCAUUUCUUUCGCUGGAUUGAAGAUCAAAGACAUUGACCUUGUUUCCAGAUCUGUCCUUCCUAAAUUUUAUUCCGAGGAUGUUCAUCCUGAGACUUGGAGAGUUUUCAACUGUUUCGGAAAACGGUACGUAAUAACCGCUAAUCCGAGAAUAAUGGUUGAACCAUUUGUGAAGAACUUCUUCGGUGCUGAUAAGGUUUUUGGGACUGAAAUUGAAGUCACAAAGUCGGGGAGAGCAACUGGUUUUGUCAAGAAACCUGGUGUUCUUGUUGGUCAGCACAAGAAAGAAGCUCUUCUUGAGGAGUUUGGAGCCAAUUUGCCUGAUUUAGGACUCGGUGACAGAGAAACAGACCAUGAUUUCAUGUCAAUUUGCAAGGAAGGCUAUAUGGUCCCAAGAACAAAAUGCGAAUCUUUACCAAGAAACAAACUCCUAAGCCCGGUCAUAUUCCACGACGGUCGUUUUGUACAAAGACCAACACCUCUACUUGCACUGUUGUCAUUUUUAUGGUUACCAAUCGGUGUAAUCCUAUCAAUUCUCAGAGUCUACCUCAACAUUCCUCUGCCCGAAAGACUAGCUUGGUACAACUACAAGCUUUUAGGAAUCAAAGUCAUCGUCAAAGGCAAUCCACCACCACCACCCAGAAAAGGUCAUAGGGGAGUCCUAUUUGUUUGCAAUCAUAGAACAAUUUUGGACCCCGUUGUCACAUCCGUCGCAUUGAAAAGAAAAGUUAGUGCUGUCACAUAUAGCAUUAGCAAAUUUAGUGAAAUAAUUUCACCAAUCAAAACCGUCGCCUUAUCAAGGGAAAGAGAAAAAGAUGCGGCCAAAAUCAAAAGCUUGUUAGAAGAAGGUGACCUAUUCAUAUGCCCUGAAGGUACAACUUGUAGAGAACCAUUUUUAUUGAGAUUUAGUGCUCUGUUUGCUGAAUUAACAGAUCGAAUAGUGCCCGUGGCCAUUAAUGUGAAGCAGAGUGUGUUCUAUGGGACCACGGUUAGAGGGCAUAAAUUUUUUGACCCUUAUUUUGUGUUCAUGAAUCCUAUGCCUACGUAUGAGAUCACUUUCUUGAAUCAGCUUCCGGUUGAGCUUACUUGCAAAGGGGGUAAAUCGGCUAUUGAAGUUGCCAAUUAUAUUCAAAGGGUUUUAGGUGGGACACUUGGAUUUGAAUGCACCAAUUUGACCAGGAAGGAUAAGUAUUCUAUACUUGCUGGAACAGAUGGUCGAGUUCCGGUGAAGGAGGAAAAAGAAAAAGAAUAGGGGAAAUAUUUUAUAUAGAAUAUUACAUAAUAUAUAUCGUUGAUCAUCAAGUCCAUUAAUUUCCAGGAUUUUUUUCUCUUUUGUUUUUUUUUUUAUAUAUAUUUCACAAAAUGCUUUCUCCCAUAGCAAUAAAAUUAAUUGUGACAGUAUUUUGUGUAUAUGUUUUUCUUUUUUAUUUUUAUUUCAAACUUUAGUGUAAAAAUCUGCUUAAUAAUAAUUUUCAUAGACAAUCCGUAUAUAUGGGUGUUUGUUA